AUGAAGAAGCGGCAGUAUGAACUACAUAUCUACAAUGGACAAGGCUACCUCACUAAAGAUUUUCCAGAGAAAUAUGUAGCAGAGGAUCAAAGUUUAGUUAUCUGUUUAAGAUGUGGCGAUUCUGGGCACGAUAUGUUCUCAUGCAGUAAUGAGUAUAAUUCUAAUUUGAUAAAUGAUCAGAACAAAGGAUUGGAGAGAGAAUUUAGAGAAGAAGAAGAAUAG